AUGCAAGUGAAUCGGGCUCUCAUCAACUCAAAAUUUGAAGGAUAUCGGUUGAGUCUUAUCGCUCAAGAUGAUUAUGUUUCCAGGUUUGGCCUUCAGUAUCCAGCCACCCAAGCUACUGUAUCUGGAAAAUCCCCCUUGUCGUUCCAGGAAGUGCAGAGCCGCAUCUCCCACAACCACAUCACCGUACCGAGGGACGGCAGCCGUGCUUUGUAUGUUGAUGCGUCCAGGAGAGUCAUUUCCGUUAGUCUAAAUGAGGACAGCCUGGCGCCCUCGUUUCAUGUUCUCUACGAGUUGCCUACUCCGGUGCAAAGCGAGGACACGCAACAAUAUCAGAGCGAAUAUCCGUCUGCUGCAUUCUUGACAUCUACCAUCAUCUUUGUUUCGGACGGACAUGGAUCCUUGUAUAUCCUGGAGUCGUUGGAUGGCCAUUCAGCCACAUUGAGAGGGGUUUACGUGUUGCCCAUCCCAUCGGACGAAUCUUCGGCACCCAUACCAUUCAAAAUACAUGACGCAACAAUCUCACUCCCUUCUAGUGUGACAGUGAUCCUCUCAUCGCGGCACCAUGCACCUCUCACUGAAGCCGAGACCUCCACCCCGGCCAAAGCACGCAAAGUUCACGUUGAAUUCGAUAUAUGGGCGAUCUCUUUUUCGUUUCCUUUCAAUGACGAACCUGAUCAAGUACGUCCUAUGAAUGUCGUAUGGCGCAGACGCGGAGACGAUGUCCCGAUAUAUGUCAUACACGAAGCCGAACGAAAUGCGUUCAUGUUGCUGGGAUCGUCUGUUUAUCGAACGAUCGACCAGCCUCCGCAGCCGCAAUACACUCCGUCUCCUGAAGAAAUCGCUCCCAUACCGCAAGCAGACGAAAACAUGGACGUGGAACAACCAACCCCAGAAAGGCCUCCUCCGUACUCCUGGACGCAAGCCUCAGACUCCGUCACCGUGGCCUUCCCACUACCAGCAUCGAUACCGAAAUCUGACAUCAAUGUGUCAUUUUCGCCUCGUGCAAUAACCCUACAAGUCAAAGGAGGCGAUUUGAGCACUCUACCAUUGCCUUCCUACACUGAUAAAUCGGUGUGGGACAACAUCCAGCCAUCAUCCAGCUACUGGACGUGGGAUAAGGAAGGGGAACGUUCGUACGGGAUCCUGACACUGCAUCUCGAUAAACAACAAGAAGACCUGAAGUGGCAACAUGUAUUCGCCGCUGCUGCCCAACCGAAUGAAACCGAUAUUGACGUUCCCGAGACCCUCGAUCCUUCUGAAUUAUGGAAAGUCAGAGAAGCGCUAGAGAAGUACACUGUAGCUCUAAGGGAGGGCGAGGACCCCAGUGGUUUGGGGUUAGGGAAGGGUAUGCCUAGCCUGGCCGAAGGCGAGAUGGACGAAGAGGUCGAUUCGGCCGUAGGAAGAAACGUCGUCGUCACUUGGAUCACUGACGAUGGAUCAACCCCGUCUUGGUUCUCUGACACUCGCCAAGCUCCCGUGACGGUCCUAUCUACUCCCCUUCCCGGCGCAUCAGAAUCAUGCAUCCCGUCCAUCGUCACCAAGAACAACGUCGACGGCGCGGUCUUUGCCUUGAGCUCAUCUUCGCCCUCAGAAUGGGAUCACAUCUCCACAUUCUCCGCGCUUGCAUUCGUCCUCGCUUCCAAGCAGGACACGCGAUUCACAUAUCACAUCCCGUGGACAGCAGCGUUCGCAUUCGAGAACGGGUCUUCCGGCCGUGGUGGCAAUCUGUACAUCUAUCGUGCGGCGCCUCUGCAGGAGACAUGGGCGAAACAGGCUGUUCUAAAAAUCGGAAAUGGCUUGGCGGGAUCACUCCUUGGAGUUGGUGCUCUGCGAGUGGGCGAUGACACCGUCCUCGCAUGCCUUACCGAAGGAGAGUUAGUGAUCGUUGCUGGUGUUGUCUGA